AUGGAUAGGAUCAGUAAUCUAACGGAUGACUUGCUCUUGAAGAUUGUUUCAUCACUUCCUACCAAAGAUGUAGUGGCCACGAUGAUCUUGUCGAAAAGAUGGAGGUUUCUUUGGACGAUGCUUCCGAAACUUGAUUUUGAUUAUGAUUAUGAUUAUGAUUCGGAUUCAAAACUCAAGCGUUCCGAAUAUGAGAGAUUUGUCAAGUAUGUGGACAGAUCAUUGGUAUUUAAUAGAGCUCCGGUUCUAGAAACUUUGAAGUUCAGAGUUGGUCCUUUUUACACCUCUGAAGAUUUGGCAACAUGGAUGAGAAUUGGAAUGGUUCGCCAAGUGCGUGAAAUUGAAAUUUCUGCCUGCGCAGAUAAUCGUAGCAUAGUCGAAUUACCCAAGAGUCUUUAUACUUGUAAGAAGCUCGAGGUCUUGAAACUCGCUUACGUGGAUGUUGAUGAUGUCCCUGACGAUUUUUGUUUUCCAUCCUUGAAAUCAUUACACCUUGUGUGUGCAACGAUAGGAACAGAAACAGAAGAGACUUACUGUAAGCUUUUCUCAAGCUGUCCUGUUCUGGAGGAGUUGGUGUUGGACAUAAUGGCAUCCUUCCGUGUUGAAAUCCCUACCUUACAAAGAUUAUCCAUACGUGAUACAUGUAAUCCACCAAACGAUGGCGACGAUGAUCGUAAGGUUGUGAUCAUUGUCCCGUCUUUGAAGUUCUUGAACUUUGUUGUUACUUGUGAUAACUUGUGUUUGUUCGAGAAUAUGCCUGAGGUGGUUGAGGCAAAUGUUAAAGUUGUUUUCGAAAAUCCCGACAAGUUGCUUGAAUGUCUUCCAUCAGUCAAGCGCCUCUGCUUAUGUUUAUCCGCUUCAAUGCUCCAUCACCGCAUUGGAUUUGAUCAUCUUGUUGAUUUGGAGCUAUGCGUAAGUGCCUCUGGGUGGUGGGAUCUUCUUACUUGGAUGCUCCAAAGCUCUCCUAAACUACAAGUUCUCAAGCUCUGCCCGUGCAAGGAAUACCUUUGUACCAUUCAUUCCUUUAAAUCCAAUAAAGGUCGUUGGAGAGGACCAACUUCAGUUCCUGAAUGCUUGAUGUUCCAUCUACAUACUUUCAAGUGGAUAGAUUACAAUCAAAACGACAAAGAGAAGAAUAUAGCUGCCUACAUCUUGAAGAAUGCGAGACAGCUAAAGACUGCGGGUUUCUCGUGGAGAUGGUGUUCUAAAGAAGAGAAAUCUCUGAAAAUCAAUGAGUUGGUUUCUCUGCCUAGAGCUUCAAGCUCGUGCCAGCUUAUAUUGGAUUGA